AAUACGUCAUUCUUAAGGGCGUCGCCAUUUAAUGACGAAAGGUUGUAGUCGUAAACAUGGAGGAGAGAGAAGCACUUAAGAGACAAAUUGAACUUUUACAAAAUCUCAUCAACAAACAUAAAAGUACCCAUGGCGAUACACCAUUUACAGGAACUGAGCAGAGCCACACACAAUCUUCAGUGCCAGCCAGGGGCCGAGGUCAAAGUGCAUCUAUGAUCUACCCUCCCAGCUCCAGAGGAAGACUCUAUGCUCCUCAGAGCUGUGGAAGUUGGAGGAAAACGUACUCUCUGAGAAACAAGAACCCUGAGUCCUCUGCUGGACAUCCCUCAGCUUCUGCCUCCUCCGCUGUCCAUCACUCUCACAGCGUGUCACUCCCCAGCCUCAGCAUGGGAAGCAGGACUGCCACUUUAGAAUCAGGGACAUCUCAGCUGAAGAAAAAGGAACAUAUAAGCAGCAUAAAGGAGAGAAGAGAUGUAGCAACAGAAAGAAAAAACAGUGAUGCUCUUGGAAAAAUGGGGUCAGCAGCAGAGUUUAGGCAGAGGGUUGACAGCAGGAACACAGGCCUGCAGGGAAAGAAAAUUGGUGUUUCUUUUGAAGUGGCCUCUUCAGCCACAGCCAGUGCCUCAGCCAUUCAGCAGAGCAGCUCCCAAGUAAAGAUCGGACCUUCCCAUAAAAGCAGAACCAGUACGGACACUCAACAGAUUGUUGCUAAUACAUCUCAGGUAACUCUCACAGCUGGUCUCUCUACUGCAUCACAACAACCUUCCUCUAACUCAUCUUUACGAAGCAGCAAAGCCCAGGUCAAUACUUCAUAUUCAAAUAAAUCAAAGUUCACUUGGGUAAAGGGUCAGAGCGCUGUAGGAGCAGCGCUCAAACCACUGAGCUCUGUUUCCACACCAUCAGCAGUUGUUGCCCCAACAUCUGUCUUGAAAUCUGGAGUUACCAUUGAAAGCCCCCCUUCAUUUAUAGUUGCUAAGAGAACCCCUGCUAAGAAGGUACCUCGAAAGCUUAGCCAGCCCACUGGAGCUGCGAAGACCUCAAAGUACUGCUGGGUGUCCUCUGCAGGAGCCCAAGCUAAGACAUCUCGUAAGCCUCCAUCUCCCAAACCCUUGACUCUCACUCAGAGAAGUCUGGACAAAGGAGAGGGCACAAGGAAACUUAAAUCAGGCUCUUCUCCUUCUGUAAAAUUGAAAAAAGGUAUUGCAGCGUCCUCUGCUGGCACCUCACAGAGUAGCCGCUAUCGCUGGAAAGCAGGGGGCCAGAGUACAUCUUUGGCAGGGACAGCAGGAGCAACAGCAAACCGCCGUAGAUCUGCUUUCCACUGGACAGCUGAGAAAAGUAACAAAGGAUUGAAAGGAGGGAUUUCUGUGCCCCUAAGUUUACCUCAGCGCACCUCCAUGUUGUCAUCCUCCUCACCUGGAGGGUUCAAGCUCCGCAGCAGGAUGAAGAUUAUUAGAAGGUCUACUAGCAGUGGCAGUGGAUCAGAGAAAGUGAGCCCACCAGCUGUGAAGCACUCUCCCCAGGGCAGAAUCUAUACUUCGGCCAGGACUCCCACAGGAGUUAGGAGGACACCCACCAGGGAACUCGUGUCGUUUGGUAGACACAAGUUGAGGCGGCUUUCCCCUGUCUCAUCAAAGACAAAUGCCAGCUCUUCCUCCCAUCGUAACCCCGCUUCCCAAAGGGUGUUCAGGACACGCUACAAGAUGGUGACCCAUCUGGGCUCCAGUGCCAUGCAGACCCUCCCUUACAACCCAGCCCUCUCCUGGCGUGCCAAGAGGAUCCAGUCUGCCAGGAGUUUCCUUCAGAGCCGUCUUCGAGCUCCCCACGACAGACACCCAUCAUCCACCCAGCAGUGGAGAGGAAGCAGCAUGUGCUGGAUUCGUGGCUCCUUAUACCGUGUGUCAGCCAAUAAGCUGUCCCGCACCGUAGCAGCGAACAUGUCCAUCAAUCGAACAGGAAGGUCCUCAAGCUUCCAGGUCUCCCACAUGGUUCCCGUCAUGGCCAAACCCUCCAGCACUCGUCACUUAGCCAGGUACCGUGCAGUCCAGCGGAGUCUUGCCAUCAUUCGCCACGCUCGUCAGAAGCAGCGGCAAAAGCAGUACUGCAUGUACUACAACCGCUUCGGCAAAUGUAACCGUGGAACAAGUUGCCCCUUCAUACACGACCCAGACAAAGUGGCGGUCUGCACCAGGUUUCUGAGAGGGACAUGCAAGCAGGCAGAUGGUACCUGUCCGUUCUCCCACAAGGUGGCAAAGGAGAAGAUGCCGGUGUGUUCUUACUUCCUGAAGGGCAUCUGUAACAACAGUGACUGUCCCUACAGUCAUGUCUACGUGUCCCGCAAAGCUGAAGUGUGCCAAGACUUUGUAAAAGGUUACUGUCCUGAGGGAGAGAAGUCGCAGUGGUGCUGGAGCCAUCCCAGCUGUCACAGGGCAAGAAGCAGGUGUAAGAAGAAACACACUCUAGUGUGUCCAGACUUCUCUAAGACGGGCUCCUGCCCACAUGGCUCACGCUGUAAGUUGCAGCACCGCCAACGAGUCAAACGCCGCGCCAGCAACACUGUGACCCCUCCAGCUAAGAAAGCACGCUCCAAGGAGCCUCUGAAGAGACCCCAUCUGUCUGUUGUGAUGCCACAGGAUUCUCAAGCAUCACUGGGGAUGCCCUCCACAGGUUCGUUGGUGCUGCCCUCAUUUAUCUCCCUCUCCAGCUCUCCAGAGGAGGCAGAUGCACCAGACAUGCUUCCUACUGAUGCAGUGCAAAUCAAAGAGAAAAAACUGCAGAUCAAGCCUCGUCUGUAAGAUCACAGAAACCAGUGGGACUGGACACGAAAGGAUUUUAUCAGGUUUAGUGUUAUAUGAGUUCUGAGCUCAGGUUCGUCCUGGCACAUGUAUCCCUCUGAAUGAGUUCACUCAGGGCCUGAAAGUUUUAUGCUUUUUGUCUAUGAACAUGUUUUACAUAUCAGUUAGAUGUUUACAAUGCCAGUUUUGGAAAGAAAUAAAGUAUUAACUCUGAA